CGUUACUCCCUCUAGCACUGCCUGCUGCGCCCACAAGUUGCACUGGGAAGCCCAGCUGAAGGACCCCCGCUAUGAAUAUCAUUCUCAUCUUUGCUUUCCUGGGAUGCCUCGUCCAUGCUGAACCUUCUGCUAAGAAGAUCAAAUGGUGCUUAAAAUCUGACCAGGAACUACUGAAGUGCACCAAACUCGCAUCUGAAGUGCCAGAGCUUGGCUGUGUGAAGCAAGCUGGAACUAAAGAAUGCAUCAAGGCUAUCAAGGAAGGUGAAGCAGAUGCCAUCACUCUAGAUGGAGGAGACAUCUACACAGCCGGACUAAAAACCUACGACCUCCAUCCUAUCAUUGCAGAGGAAUAUAGUGAAGGCGGGGAGUCAUGUUACUACGCUGUUGCUGUAGUAAAAAAGGGCUCUGGCUUCAGUUUUAGUGAACUUAAAGGGAAGAAGUCUUGCCACACUGGUCUGGGGAAGUCUGCAGGUUGGAACAUUCCCAUUGGCACUCUCAUUGCACAUGAAUAUAUUAAAUGGACUGGUCUUGAGGACUCUGAUCUGAAGAAAGCGGUGAUGGAAUUCUUCCUUGCCAGCUGUGCACCCGGAGCAGACAAAGGUUCCAAACUCUGCCAGCUCUGCAAAGGCGACUGCUCACGAUCUCACAAAGAGCCCUAUUAUGAUUAUGAGGGAGCUUUCCAGUGCUUGAAGGAUGGAGUUGGCGAGGUGGCCUUUGUGAAACACCUGACAGUUACUGGUGCUGAUAAGGCUGAUUAUGAGCUGCUGUGCAAAGAUGGCACCAGGAAGAGCAUUGACGACUACAAGGACUGUCACCUGGCCAAAGUCCCUGCCCAUGCUGUCGUUAGUCGCAAGGAUCCAGAACUGGCUGAGCAGAUCUUUAAGAUUGUUACAAAACUUCAGGGUUAUGGUCUGUUCUCCUCUGAGGGCUACUCUGCAAAAAACCUUAUGUUCAAAGACUCGACAAAAAGCUUGUUGCAGCUGUCUAAGACCAUUGACUCGUUUACAUAUCUUGGAGCAGUGUACAUGGCCACAAUCAGGUCUCUAGAGAAAGAAAUUAGCACAGACAGCAGUUCAGGUGCCAUUAAGUGGUGUACUGUGGGCCAUGCCGAAACAGUCAAGUGUGACACGUGGUCAAUCAAUGCGGUGGAUGACAAGGGCACUACCAAGAUCAUGUGCACAAGAGCCGAAAGUGUUGAUGAGUGCAUACGCAAGAUCCUGCAUAAAGAGGCUGAUGCAAUAGCUGUUGAUGGAGGGCAGGUAUAUACUGCUGGCAAGUGUGGUCUGGUACCAGCCAUGGUGGAACAAUAUGAUGAAGCAAAGUGUACUUCUGGAGGAGAGGCCUCCUCCUAUUACGCAGUGGCUGUAGUGCACAAAGACUCUGGUUUGACCUGGGAGUCACUGAAAGGCAAAAAAUCCUGCCAUACUGCCGUGGGCCGCACUGCAGGCUGGAACAUUCCCAUGGGUCUCAUACACAAGGAAACUGAAGAUUGUGACUUCUCUAAGUACUUCAGUGAGAGCUGUGCUCCCGGCGCAGACCCCAAAUCCAGCCUGUGUGCACUGUGUGCAGGCAGUGGCAAAAGUGUUGGGGGAGAUGAAGCCAAAUGCAAAGCCAGCUCAGACGAACUUUACUAUGGCUAUGCUGGAGCAUUACGGUGUAUGGUUGAAGGCAAAGGUGAAGUGGCCUUUGUUAAACACACUACCGUACAGGAAAAUGCAGAUGGAAAAGGUCCACAGUGGGCUUCAGGUCUGAAAUCAGCAGAAUUAAAGCUGAUCUGUCCUGGUGGCUCUGCUGAGAUCUCCAGCUACACCACCUGCCACCUUGCAAAGGUGCCAGCCCAUGCCAUCGUGACUCGGCCAGAGAUGCGCAUUGCGGUGGUGUCUGUGCUCAAGGAGCAGCAGACUGUGUUUGGUGUUACCAGCUCAAACCCCUUCAAGAUGUUUCAGUCAGAGGAUGGUUCAAAUCUAAUCUUCAAGGAUUCCACUAAGUGUCUCCAAGAUGUUCCCUCAACAGAUUCUUAUAAGGACUUUCUGGGCUCAGCCUACAUGGACUCCAUGGACUCUCUUCGCAAGUGUCCUGACUAUGUCCCAGAGUUGGAGAAAGAUUGUACCUUCAGUGAAGGCUGUCCCUUUGGCUAAAGCUAAUUUCUGGUUUAAUUUUCACCUGUUACAACUUUAUUCUGAUGUUUUGGAAAAGUAAGCAUUGGUGUUCCUGGUUUUCUUUUCUUUUUUUUACAAACCAGUCACACUGACAUUUAGAUUGUUUAAAAGCAAUCUGUGCUUUUAUGUCAGAGAAAAUCAUUAAACAGUGGCAUAUGUAAGUGUU